UAGCUCGGAUCUGUCUGUGACGUCAUCAGCGUGCGCCGGCGACUAACUGCGACGCGUGUCGGCGUUUACGCGUGUUAGGACGAGCAGCACGUGAAGAUCAGCAGCAAUGGCAUCGACUCAAGAAGCAGAGAUCAUUUUCGCUCAGAAACUCGCGUCCAACGAGAAGCCCGUGAGGAGCAAAGCCCUGGUGAAGCUGAGGAAGUACAUGAGUGCGCGCUCAGAGAGAGCAGAAGGAUUCAGUGAGGAAGAGCUGCUGAAGAUCUGGAAGGGUCUGUUCUACUGCAUUUGGAUGCAGGACAAGCCACUGCUGCAGGAGGAACUGUCCACAAAGAUCUCCAGGCUCCUCCACAGCUUCCGGACGCUGGACAGCCAGUUCCUGUACGUGAAGACGUUUCUUCUGACCAUGAAGAGAGAGUGGAACGGCAUCGACAGACUGCGAAUGGACAAAUUCUACCAGCUGGUGCGCUUCGUUUUCCGAGAAGUGUUUGAGAUGCUGAAGAGACAGCAGUGGGAGUCCAGGCUGGUCACUCAGUUCCUCCAGAUCUUCUCUGCUCAGCUCCUGCACAGCUCCAGUGUGGCUCCGGCUGGACUCGUCCUUCACGUGCUGGACCUCUACAUGACUGAGCUGGCCCUCGUCGGCUCGGCUGAGCUGACAGCGGAGCAGAACCAGACCUUUAUUGAGCCUUUCUUCAAGACUGUGGCCAAAACCAAAGAUCGUGUCCUGCUGAAGGCCAUCGGCAGCAGCAUCUUCAACACCAUCGUGGAUCAGGUUCCCUUCGCCAUCGAGGAUCUGCAGAGAGAGAUGGGUCAGAGCGCAGAGCUGGACUCUCAGAAACCCCCAGACGGUGAUGAAGAGGAGGCUCUCUCAGAAGACAUGGCCGCUGAUGAUGAAGACACAUGUGGACCUGUUCUUCAGUUCGACUACGGGGCAAUAGCUGACAGUCUUUUUGCGAUGGCCAGUCACUCGAAUAUACAGAGCUUCAACAGAUCCGAGAUCUACAAGUUUGUGAAAAUUUUCCGAGACUUGAGUGAAGGUGUGUUCCCUCAGGAUGAGGUGGAGAAAGUGUCCUCUGAAGAAGAGGACGAGGAUGAUAACGGCAGAAAGAAGAGGAAGAGGAGACGACAGAGGAACAAGGGGAUGAAAGAUGAAGAGUCUCUGAAGAAGUCUGAAGCAGAUCUGUCCGAGUCGACGGCUGCGUCAGAUCACACUGACACCACACCAAAGAAGAAGAAGAAGAAGAAGAAGAAGAGGAGUGUUGAGGAGAGCUCUGGACCGGAGACACCGGACAGCACAGGAGCAGCAGAAGAGAAGCUGGAGUCUGACGCUGGAUCAUCACUGUGUGACUCUGAGCCUGCCCUUCAGCUGAAGAAGAAGAAGAAGAAGCAGCGGAGGAAGAGGACGGCUUCAGGGAAGACCUGUGAAACAGCAGAGGAAGCAGAUCACUGCUCACAGAUGGACAUCAGCGCUCCAUCCGCAGAGAUCGAGACUGCUGCACCGCAGAAACUGAAGAAGAAGAGGGCAAGAGGAGCAGAAUCUGAGGUGACCGUCGCAGCCCAGACACACUCCACUAAAGCCUCUCCAAAAACACCAGUGAAGAAGAGAAAACAGAAGGACGUCGUCUCAGGCCUUCCAGAGACCGAGACCAAUGGAGACGCUGAGACGGUCCACACAGAAGGACCACUGAGAACCAAGAAGAGCAAGCAGAAACCAUCAGCUGUGCGGCUCAGACCAGAGAGGAAGAGGAGGGUGAUGGAGGACGAGGUCGAGCCUUCACAGCUGAACGGACACACAGAGCAGACCAGAGCCAAGAGACACAAGACCAUCAGCGCUUUCUGUCAGCAGGAAGCUGAAGAAGAGGAGAAGGUGAAAGAGUUUGUCCUCCGACAGAGGACAGUCUUCUGUAAAGCUGCAGGAUACACACACGUGGCCAGUAAGAAGGUUUUGCCAGCUUCAAAAACAGAAAUGAAGAAAGUUACAUUUGGCCUCAAGAAUAAUAAAACAAUGGAGUUCAGAAAGACGGACCAAAGCUCGCUGCUGAGUCCUGCCAGACAGUCUGGCGUGCCCUUUGACCCCAAGAGGACACCGAAGUCUGGGGUGCUGAAGUCUCCCACGUCAUCCCCUGCGGUCAGGAAGAGAGCCAUGGCAGCAGAUUUCUUUUAAAAUAAAGCUUCACGUCUUGUUCUUUGUGAA